UCCUAAAUUACAAUUUGAACUGUUGUCCUGCACUAAUAACUCUGAAUAAAAUUUGUACUUUUUAAAAAUUAGUCACAUAUUGAUAUUAAAACAUAAAGGUUAGUAGUUAAGAAACUGUUCAAUUCACAUCGUGCAGGACUUAAUCUCAAAGCAGCAGACGACUGGUGUUUCCAUGACCCUGACCUUAUGACGAGAAUUAAUAUGCAAAUGAGUGAUGAGGACAGAAAAAGGAUAAGUAAGCUGCACCAGGAAGACCUGGGGUCAGUACAGCACUGUCUUCUAUAGGACCCAAACAUGGAGGCUCUGGAGGAGGGCGACUUCUGCUUUCCUCACAUCAACAACUCCUGCAGGUGGUUAAAACGUCCUGAAGUGGAGACCACGCUAAUUUACAUUGUGCUGUCCAUCAUCAUUCUGCUGACUGUGGUUCUAAACCUGCUGGUCAUCAUCUCCAUCUCCCACUUCAGACAGCUCCAGACCACCACCAACCUCCUCCUGCUGUGUAUGGCUGUCGCUGACUUCCUGGUGGGUCUCCUGCAGAUGCCACUUCUGCUUCUCCACAACCAGGGCUGUUGGCUCCUGGGCGACGUUAUGUGUGCUGUGCAUUACUUCCUAGCGUUCCUGGUUGUUAGUGUCUCGGUGGGAUGCAUGGUUCUCAUAUCAAUCGACCGAUACAUCGCCAUCUGUGACCCCAUGUUCUACACCACCAGAGUGACUAUGAUCAGAGUUAAACUAUGUAUUUGUAUGUGUUGGAUUUGUUCUGUUGUCCACAGCACUUGGAUAUUGAGGGAUUUCCUGAAGAGCCCUAACGUGCAGCUGAACUGCUACGGAGAUUGUAUCAUCAUUGUGAACUUUGCCGAAGGAGCUGUUGAUUUUGCUGUCACCUUUUUAGGCCCCAUUUUGAUCAUAGUAAUCCUGUACCUGAGAGUAUUCGUCGUAGCUGUAUCUCAGGCUCGGGCCAUGAGAUCUCACGUUGCAACUGUGGCACUGAGGCGAUCAGAAAAGGUCAAAGCAGAGAAAUCGGAGAUAAAAGCAGCAAGGACUCUGGGUAUUGUCGUGGUGGUGUUUCUCAUCUGCUCAAGUCCGUAUUAUGUUUUUGCUAUUGCAGCUGAAAGCAACCUGGUUGGUGCGUCAUCUUCAGGGAUUGAACUGUGGUUAGUCUACUGUAAUUCCAGCAUCAACCCUGUCAUCUACGUCUUUUUUUACCCAUGGUUCAGAAAGGCGAUUAAACACAUUGCCACACUAGAGAUACUGAAGCCUGGCUCUCGUGAAAUCAGUGUGCUGUAGCUGCCCAGACUCCAGUAAUGUCUGAAUAGUUCAUAAAGAUGUCUGCCAGUCACCUUUUUGUUUUUCCAAAAAUGUGGUUAAUUUAUUAGGAUAUUACAUGUUUCAACUGUUGAAUCUUUUUUUUAAAUUUCUGUAAUAAAAAUAGUCUACACAAACUACUGCUUUUCAUCCAACAUUUUCUUCUAAAUCUUCAAUUAAAACAAACGGUGAUAGAGACAAGUAUUUUAUUCUACAUGGUCUUAGUUAUUAGUAAUUUAUGAAAAUACAAAGUUUAGGUAUCAUAAAUUGUUUAUGUGUAUUUACAUUUAGCAGAUGCUUUUAUCCAAAGUGACUAACAGAGGAGCAUUAACAAUCUCCUCUCGGAAUCGAACCUGGACUCUCUGCUACUGAGGCAGGCAGUAUAUAUUUUUUUCCAAAUGAAAAUAAGACAUUUAAUGUGAAGGUCCAUGUACACACCAAUGUUUGUUUGGCUGCCAUUAGUUUUAGGCAGCUGUCUCAUUUAUUAUCAUAUCUUGCUUUAAAAAAAAUUAAAGUAUUUAAGAACAUAUAGGUCUCAUUUAAAUACAUAUGUAUCAAUUAAAACUAAUUUAUUUCACCAAAAAUAGUUAUUGAUAAUAACAAAUCUAUUAACUGCAAGUUUCAUUGUUUAGAAAUAUUUGCCAAGUUUUAACGUGUGAACCCUAAGUCAUAAAACACCAAGGUAGAUGUUAAAAAUUGUCCAGACCUGAC